AUGAGCGGCUUCCAAAACGGCGAGCGCCAGGUGCGCGCCAUGGAUGACGACAGCGAUGUCGAGGAGGAGGCCCUCGUCAACGACUACAAGGAGCAGGUCCAGUACGAAGACGGAGCUGAGCUGGAGCGGGUCAGCUCCAUGUCCAUGGCCCAGCAACCCGACGACAUCCAGUCCCGCCUCGUCGCCGCCGCCCAACCCCUCGACUUCUCCGCCCCUUUGGAGGUCAAGUUCCAGAGCUACGAUGCCUACUGUAGCUUGUUCCACUUUAUUCUCAACAGCGAAGGUCCCAUCGACCUCGAGCCCCCUUCGUACUACUGGGCUUGGGAUGUCAUCGACGAAUUCAUCUACCAGUUCAACUCGUUCUCGUCGUAUCGCAACCGCAUCGCGAGGCAAGGCUCGAAUGAGGAGGAGGUGCAGGUCCUCCGGGAGAACCCCAACACCUGGGGCUGCUACAGCGUCCUCAACGUCCUCUACUCGCUCAUCCAGCGGUCCCAGAUCACCGAGCAGCUCGCGGCCAUGCGUCGGAACGAGGACCCGAUGAGCGUGGCCGGGGAGUACGGGUCGAAGAACCUGUACCGCAUGCUCGGGUACUUCUCCAUCGUCGGCCUCCUGCGCGUGCACACGCUGCUGGGCGACUUCAGCCUCGCGCUCAAGACGCUCGACGACAUCGAGCUGAACAAGAAGGCCAUGUUCGCGCGCGUCAUGGCCGCGCACUUCACGACCUACUACUACGUGGGCUUCUCGUACAUGAUGAUGCACCGGUACGCCGACGCCAUCCGCAUGUUCAGCCACAUCCUGGUGUACGUGUCGAGAACGAAGAACUUCCAGAAGAGCGCGCAGUACGACUCGAUCACUAAGAAGAACGAGCAAAUGUACGCGCUCAUCGCCAUCUGCGUGGCCUUCCAGCCCACCCGGCUCGACGACACCAUCCACACCGCCCUGCGCGACAAGUACGGCGACCAGCUGCUCAAGCUGCAGCGCGGCGGGCCCGAGUCCCUGCCCAUCUUCGAGGAGCUCUUCCGCGCCGCCUGCCCCAAGUUCAUCUCCCCCGUGCCGCCCGACUUUGACGACCCGGCCUCCAACAUCGACCCGGUCGAGCACCACCUGUCCGUCUUCAUGGACGAGGUCAAGACCAACAUGUUCAGCCCCACCAUCAAGUCGUAUCUGCGCCUCUACACCACCAUGGACCUGAACAAGUUGGCCGGCUUCCUCGACGUCGACACGGACGAGCUCCGGUCCUGGCUCCUCGUCGCCAAGCAGCGGACCAAGCAGCUGCGGUGGACCGAGAAUAGCCUGCUGGAUGGCGAUUUGGUGAACGUCAGCGACCUUGAUUAUGCCCUUCAAAAUGACCUUAUCCAUAUCUCGGAAGCCAAGGUGGGCCGUAAGCUUGUGGACUGGUAUCUGCGCAACCUCUCGCGCACUUACACCUAG